AUGACUAAUAUUAGUGAAAACCGGUCUAUUUCUGUAAAUAAAGUAUCAAAAGAACGAAUUUCCGAAAAUUUCGACAUAUUAAACGAAUUCACGGUUGAAAAUAUGAGUACAAGUGAAAAUGAACAAACUACGUCACAAAGUAUCAACACUUUGGAUUGCGAGGAAGCCUUUGAAGUUGGUUCUGCAUUAAUUGUAUCUCAAAAAGAUCUUGACCCGGGUUUUUUUAUCACUCCCACCUUAGAUGCGAUUCAAAGUGAUGCAACAGAGGUACCGCAGGCAGGCCCAUUCACCAUAAGUGAAAAUAUCUGUUUUCACUUGUACCAAUGUUAUUUGCACUCAAAGUUUUGCGAUAUCGAACUUCGGGUACCUUAUGUCCAAGAUGAUUCCAUCAAAGUUCAUGCAAUUAUUUUAUCUCGUUCUCAAUACUUGAAGAAAUUAAUCGAAACCGAUGGACCUGUCAUUGUAAUGGAUGUUAAUGAUCCCAACAUGAAUCAAGAAGCAUUGUAUAUUUGUAUUGGACAUCUCUACACACCUCAUUAUAACUGUGUCACACCUUCCAAUGUGCGCUAUGUCUUAGCCACCGCUUAUCAUUUUGAGCUAAAGGAUUUGUGCGACUUUGCUAGAGAUUUUAUAAAGAAUAUUUUGAAUCCAUAUAACGUUUUAGUUAUUGGACAAUGGAUAGAAAACAGCAUUAUAUAUGGUGAAUAUUCUGAUGAAAUUAAACAUUCUAUUUUCGACUAUUUGGCCGUGAGCUUACCUACAGAUUUAAAAGUUUUCCCGAAAAAAAGCAUAUAUCAAAUAAUGAAAGAUGGUAUUGGAGAUAUUGAUCCAUCAUUCCCUAACUCUGGAUAUCAUAAACUUGUGGACAUUUAUGCACUUUUACCAUUCAACUGGUUCAAACGUGUUGUGGAAUCUGAUAAAUUCUCUUGUCCAACUGAUAUCGAUAGAUUUCAUUUUGCUCGACAGGUCAUUAGUGCUCGCGCGAAAAGAUAUACAUCAGAAAACAGAUCUAAGCAAUACGAAGCAGUAUUUAUGUGCUUUGGUUCGGAGUGUUCCAUUUUAGUAACCAAUGAAAAGCCUUGA